AUGCAACAUAAGUCAAACACUAGAGCAGGACUGGCGGUAAUGGGGAUGGCAGGGAGCCAGAGAUGCUUCUAGGCCAGUUGUACCCUCGCACUUUGCGCAGCUCACACGCUUGAGAUCGCGCGUCAUGGCGGCUCUAUCCCAGCAGCAAUAUCAUCAGCAGAGUGCACCACUGGUCACGGCAUCCGACCAGGAGGCCCAUACUCCGCUUGCAGUGCCUCGCGAUGAUAUUGCAAUGGAAGCACCCGAAGAGCUGGAGACGGGCAUGUCAGACUUUUCGUUUGUCGCAUCAGAUUGCUCUGUUCUCCUCGAUCGACGUUCGUACUGGCGACUCUUCGUACGCCAUCUGCUCUCCCUGCUCCCUGCACUCUCACUCGUGAUCGCCCUCGCCUUCGCAGCGCACCAUGUACCCUGCGAGCUACCCUUGCAAAACAGCACGGGCGAAGACACCGUGGCUCGCUGCGAUGAAGCGUUGCACACGGGUCUGACUCUCGCGGCGUCGCUCAUCGGUGGCGUCGCUUGGCUUGCAGCAUGGAGCCUGCGCUCGGCAAGCUGGCUCAUCGCCUCGUACUUUGCAGCAUUCCCCCACGUCGGGUACGCAGAGAUCGACCCGAUCGCCACGUCGCUUGUAUCCAUCUUCAUCCGCACAGCGUGCAUUGAGGCACUUCGGCUUUGUUCCCUCGCGGUCGGCUAUGGGCUCUUCAUCGCAGAGGCCACCAUCAACCCAAAGGUGGCUGAUCAUUCUCUGGUGCCCGCUGAUGUAGCAUUUGCCGCAACAGACGAGUUCGCUUACUCUACUAUGCGGCUUCACGACGCCUUUGUGUUACGAGCACGCGACCCGCGCUUCAGCAUCGCGAUAUGGGUAUCUUUCGGCUGGGCUGUGGCCGAAACGGCUAUCGGCUGCGUACAAAUUCUGCAGCAACUGUCGCUCUACGCUUCGCCACUAGAAGUGCCGCUGAGAUCAUCUUCCAUCUUGCCUGUCGUCCUGGCACCGGCAAACACAUUGAGCCCAAAGCCGCUUCGCGCACCACCGCGUUGGCCCGCGCCUGCUGGGCGACAGCAGCGCGGCGGGCUCGAUUCAAGUGUGGACACCGUUCUGCGAGGCAGCGCGACAGGGGAUGGUAAGGCAGGUAAAAAUGACGGCGCAGCUGCGCUCUCCUUGAACCUUUCGUGCAACGAGGAGACGGGCGCUAUCCCCGCGAGCCUGCCAUCACCAAAGCUGGCACCCGCCACUGAAGACCCGUCCGCACAACUCCAGCAUGCGAGGGAUGAGCUGGCGCGAUUGACACGCCGCGACAUACCGCAGUACGGCGCAGCGGACGGGGCGGCCGCUUCGACGUCUGGUGCCAUUGCGACACCGGCCGCUGACCAAGGCACCACACAUCCAUGCAAGGCUGCUGCGCCUGCGAUCCUAGUGGGAAACCUCAUCGGCGACGAGGCGCAGUCGUCGCAUAGUGCACAGCUCAUCACCAGCCCUGUGCAAGCAGCAGACACUGAUGGCAGGACGUGGAAAGGAGAAUAUGAAGACGAAGAUGAAGAGGAGGAAGCGGAGCUACCAGAAUUGGACGCUGAUGAAAUUGAAGAGGAGCGAUUUGAAGAGCUACUGCGCAGACGGCAGCGGGAUGAAUUGGAGGACACGCUGGGCGUGCCAUUACCGGAUGUGCCCGUCACGCUCUGUCUGCUCUGGCGAGUCGAUGGCGUCCUCUUCAAUCUGGGUGCUUCGCUUAUCAUCGCAGCAGCACUGGCCCGAGGUCAAGGACCUCUACACGUCCGUCCGUUGCAUUCUGCAUUGACUUCAAGCUUACAAGCCCCUCAGCAUGGCGACGAUGCGCACAGCGUACCCCUGCUGCCGGAAUUGCACACGUACGCCACGAGCGUCGUCGUCAUCUUUCUCGUACACAGUGCACUCAGCUCGAUCUGGCAACUGAGCGUACCGCGCUUUGGUUUCGCGCUCGUCACUUACAGUUCGCUGAUCAUUGCGCUCGCGCUCGUGCUCAUCGGCCUCGCGCAGUGGGGCGUGCUCGUUUGAGCAUCGGCUCAACGUCCAUCGUGACAAACUUAUACACAUGUAUAGUACGAACAGCUUGUGCGUUCCAAGCAUCAAUCAGUACGAGUGUAUACCAUGCAAUCC